GCAUAUUGGGAUCUUGAGUGAUCGAUCAAAGCGUAUUGUCUUUUCCAUGGCAAGACUUGAUAGAGUGAAAAAUUUAACUGGACUUGUUGAGUUUUAUGCUAAGAGCACCAAGCUAAGAGAACUGGUAAACCUUGUUGUGGUUGGUGGUUACAUAGAUGUCAAGAACUGCAGGGAUAGAGAAGAAAUGGCAGAGAUUGAAAAGAUGCAUGGCCUCAUUAAGAAAUACAAUUUGAGUGGCCAGUUUCGAUGGAUAGUGACCCAAAUGAACCAUGCUCGUAAUGGUGAGCUGUACCGCUACGUUGCAGACACAAAAGGUGUCUUUGUGCAGCCUGCUUUUUAUGAAGCUUUUGGCCUCACCGUUGUGGAAGCCAUGAGUUGUGGCCUUCCUACUUUUGCAACUUGUCAUGGUGGCCCUGCUGAGAUCAUUGAGCAUGGUAUUUCCGGGUUCCAUAUUGAUCCCUAUCACCCUGAUCAAGUGGCUGCACUUCUGGUUGACUUCUUUGACCAGUGCCAGGAGGAUCCUGGCUAUUGGGAAAGGAUAUCUGAAACCGGGCUUAAACGAAUUUUUGAAAGGUACACUUGGAAGAUAUAUUCUGAGAGGCUACUCAAUUUAGCUGGGGUUUAUGGAUUCUGGAAGCAUGUGUCUAAGCUUGAGAGACGAGAGACGCGGCGAUAUCUGGAGAUGUUUUACAUUCUCACAUACCGAAACCUGGUGAAGUCCAUCUCGCUGGCUGUUGAUGAGCAGCAUUGAAGAAUCAUAUCAUAGGUGCCAAA